GGGAGGGUUUGACAAGAGCCAGACUACAUAAGAUGCUCAGGACCACAAAUGUCGAGACUGAAUUUGACUUUGACACAGAUAAGUAUGACAUUCUGAUCAGGGCGAACAUCAGUGACAAGAGCAACAUGACCCCAGAAAGUGAAUACUCCUUAUGGAUGAGCAAGAAUGUGGCAUGGAGAUAUAUGCAUACUGUAGCAUCUUAUACCUGAAGCCUCACAUGCAAAUCAUUAUUCGAGGGCAAAGAGUGAAGAGUCAACUGAUAUCCAAAAGUCUGGCUCAUAUUGCGCAGGACAACUACAGACCCUCAUUCCUUAACAAGUGUGUACGCAUCACUUUCGGAUACAAUACCAAAAACAAAGAGCAUUAUGGGAUUAUGAUGUACCAUAAGAACAGGCCAAUAAAGCCAUAUGUGAGCUGCCAAUGUAAGAUAACCAGAAAAGGUGUGGGCUUUAUUGGUGUUAUAGAGUGCAAUUUCCUUCAGCCCACUCACAACAAACAAGACUUUGAUGACGCUCAGAUGUACAGGAAGAUCAUGCACAACCUCAGCAUAAAGCUGGAGGAGUAUUGGAACGAAACCUGCUACAAAUGAAAGAAAGAGGACCCAAAGUGCACAGUACCAAUAGAGGAUGUGUUGAAAGUUUCAGAUCAAGUGUGGGUUCAGUGUGACGGCUGCCUGAAGUGGAGGAGGCUUCCAGAUGCCAUCAUUGAGCUGCUGGAUAAAUGGUUCUGCAGCAUGAACUAUGACCCACAGUUCAGGAGCUGCUUGGUUGAGGAAGAACUAGAGGAUUAGGAGGAAGAUCAGAAGUCGUACCCUAAACCCUUUAAACGCCAGAGGAGAAAUACAAAGAGUCUCCUUGAGGAGAACGUUCCAGAUGACUGUCUUUAGCUGAGAAGUCUCCAUUGCCCCU